AUGCAGAUCACCGUCGUUACUCUCCUCUCUCUUGCUGCUUUCGCGUUAGCUGCUCCUCAGCCUGCUCCACAAAGGAAUCUUCCUCCUUUUUGCAGCAGUGCAGGUGAAUGUGCUGGCUGGUGUGGACCCAAUCGUACCCCAUUCUGCGAACGUUACCCGGAUAACAGUGGAGAUCGCUGCGUCUGCAGUGGUUAG